AUGCAAAUUUCUGAGCUGAUCAAACUGGCCAAGAGCAGCAGAAGCCGGGGCAGCAGCAACAACCUACGCAGCAAAAGCAAAAGCAACAGCAACAGCUUCAGCGGCAGCGGCUCAAGAAUUAUUAUUAAAUUCGAUAUAAAUAAUAUUCGCAACCGCUGUGCUCCCUCCUUCCCCUCCCAAGAACCCCCUCUUUCAGAGAGUCUGCUGAUUAAUAAAAGACGGCUGCCGUGGCAGAAGUUCCGAGAUGGCCCGCGGUGCUUAAAAAUUCUGAGGCAUCUGUCAAGCGGAGCGAAGGUGAAGGUUUCGCGCAGGCGCAGCAGGACUUGGUCUGCAGAUCUCUUCGAGAUUCUGGGGAUCUUGGGAAACCUUGCGAGCACAUCAUUCAUUUAG